UGUGUGUGAGGGAGUCAGUCAGACUGAGUCAGUGUACAGGAGCGGACACAGAGAGGAAUAUCUGCGCACACACACACACACACACACACACAGAGCUCUCCAGGUGCUGGAGGUGUUACAGUGAGACUGAGCGGUGGCUGAUCACACACACACACACACACACACACACCAGGUCUACUGAAGAACUCACUUGGAUUUAAUCUUUUUUUAUUUGUAUUAUUUUGGGCUGAUCUGAGCACUGGAUAUGAACAGAGUGAGGGUUUAUUUCACCCGCUGGGAUUUCUUAAUUAAAGAGUGAAGAGGAGGAGAGCGUUUCAGCGUUCAGCUCCCGAUUUUAAUUGGAUUUUUCUAUUUGAUUAUCAUUUUUUAUUCCUUUUUUUGCUCUGGACCAGGACUGGGUUGGAUUUUAGCCUUAAAAAUUUGAAAACACAAUCCAGUUUUUUAAAGACUCAUCCGGGGACAUUUAUUUUUCUUGAAAAAAAAAAAAAAGUCUGUAAUAUAUUUCGUCUCGCGGAAAUGGUGGGCCAUCUACACUUGCAGGCUAUGGAGGACAGUCUGAAGGGAAAGAGCCGCGAGGGACUUCUGGACAGUCCCGACUCAGGGCUUCCGCCGAGCCCGAGCCCGCCCCUCUGUCCGCUCUCACCGUCAACCGCAGAGCCUCGGACCCCCAUCGCCCUCGAGCACCAUGGAGCAAUGUACUGGAGGAAGGAGGGCCGGGAAGGCAAACUGCUUCCAUACCUGCUGCUCAACUCCCAGGGCACAGAUAUCAAGUCACGCAUGCACCCCGUGGUUUUCGGAGAGAGCAUCGAGGUGAACCCUAGACCCACCACAGAGAUGAGGUUCAGCUCGGAGGUGAAGUACGACUCACACCGGCACUUCCGUGACGAGGUUUACUGCGCACGAGUCCCCACGGUCACCUCCUACAGCGAGACGGUGGUGGCUCUGCAGAACCACACGUGGCGCAACUACAAGUCAGAGGUUCACUUCCUGCCAAAGCAACGGCCCAUUCACUACCAGAGCACGGCCAUAGUCUACCCCAAACAUGCGCGCAACACCUACCGCACCACGCUGCACUACAACGCCAACGCCGCCGGACGCCGCAGGUUCGUGUCCACAGUAAGGCUGGAGUCGAGCGAGGACGGCAGUCCCUGCAUCAUCUACACAGAGGAUCUGUGAGACACACCCACCACACCGAGACACUCUUGUACGAACUCCCUUUCGCUAAGCGUUGAGAAAUAGACGCCUUGUGCAACAGGAUGACUACAGACUUCUCAGAAAGGGAGGAGAGGAUGUGAUGUUCAUUUUGUCUCGAGUGAAAGAAGUGGGUAUUAAAUAUUGGAAUCUGUGUAAGCGGAUCUGUUAUAACAAGAUAAACAAUUCAUCUUUACUUUGCAGUCGGGAGGUGGGUUAAACCUGUCGUUCUUUUGUCUGUUUACUCGUUCUCGCCCUUACACUCCGGUAGAAAGAGUACGAUUGAGAAAAGAAAUACUAAAUCCUCAAAACUGUACGGCAAGGGGAAUAGUACAACUUGCUGCGAGUUGUAUAAAUGCUUGAUUGCACUUUUGCUAAGAAUUUUGUUUUUCAUUGUUUUAUUUUUCUUUUUUGGGCUGCAGUGAGUUUGGUCGAGCUGAGAGCAGUGUACUGUAGGAGCACUUGAAAGAUUGGACCAAUGUUUUUAUACAGAUCUGAGAAAGAGACAUGGGAGUGUGUAGCACACCGCGGAUUUGAAGCGGUCCAAAAAUACGGCCUUGAAGCAAAAUGUUGUUUUGUUCAAGACUCUGGACCGGUGGUUAAUAAUCCGGCUGAAGGUUGAAGACUAGAGAGUGGACGUGUCGAGACAGAAGCCUGAGUUUACUAGGAUUUAGAAAUGACAGUAAUUAUCAACACAAACUAGUCUAAAAACUCAGUCCAGGCAAGUUUUGUUUACAAAUCUGGAACGCUUCAGUCGACUACUUCGAGAGAGUCAAUGUAGCUCGAAACUGAGAGAUCAGCCGUGCUGUGUUUUCCUGACUGUAAGACUGUAGUGACCACAGGUAGCAUCUGCCAUCUCAUGCACUGAUGCAUGUUGGGAGAUUUGGUUUCUACCUUCUAGAAAUUUCAUGCUGGUGACUGUUGGCUCAUCCAACGUGACUAUUGAUCAGAAAAGCUUAUGUACAAUGAGCUUUGUAAUAAACUGUUGGACAACCUUGUUUUUGAAAGUUAGAAUGACGUUGAUAAACUAACGUGGAGAUAAAGUUGGUAAUACAACCUCAAAUCAAUUAACAUCAACUCGCACAACAUUUGAGCAAAAUUCUAAUCAGAGAUUGGGACGGAUGCAUCAGCUUCCCACACACAGCGUGUGUAUCUCAUGUCACGUCUCUUUCUAUUUUCUCCCUAAUUCAGUCUCGGCCAAUUCCUCCCCGUCGCCAGGGGGCUCCCACAAUAAGGCUACUACUACCAUUCAGCCGGGAGGGCCGAAGACUAUCACGUGUUUCCUCAGAACAACGUGGCGUCAGCCGACCGCAUCUUUUCGAACUGCUUGCUCACGCACCGUUAGAGCCGUGAAAAAUGUGGGAGCACAAAGUACCUCUCAUCCCCCCCUUCUGAGAGAGCUCGGCCUAUCAGCUCUCUCUAGACCUCCGGCUGCAAGAGGUAACAGCAUCACCCGGGGAUCGAACCAGCGAUCUCUGGAUGAUAGGGCGAGCUCUUUACCACUGCGCCCCUCGGAGACCCAUUAGUAUUGUUUUUAACAUCAUUUCGGAAAAUCUGUAUAAGUUAACAUUUGUUGAACGUUACCCAUUUCGUUAUUUACUCAGUGUUGUUCCGACAUCAUUUCAUCAAAGUCAUUCUAACUUUCAAAAACAACUGAAUAACAACGUUGCCAAAUUAACAACACAACAUUUCAACAACCAAAAAUUCCGUCUGGGUUAUCUUUAGCUUUAAUUUUAAAAUCCUUACUAUUGAUACAGUUUAAAUAUAAAAUAUACGUUGAAAUACUGAAUAGAAGUAAAAUCCAGGUCAGGAAUGUGUUUUUAUACUCAGGAAAAUUCACAGCACCUGACGACUGAUACGAGCUGAUAACUAUGGCAGGAGGAUGGAAAGGGACUCGGAAACGAUGAUCUUUGCUACAUAACGCGUCCAGGCACGCCGGAAGGUGUUUUGCAUUUGUCUUACAAACAUCUGGAUUUCAAAUAAGACGUUUUUUUUUUUUUUAUUAUUCGAUUUCUUACCUCACACAGAAUCUACUUUAUGACGACUUUUGUUCUUAAUCCAGACAUGUGCGUAAUUCGUUGUAUGUGAAAGUGAAGCACGGAAUUUGUCGGUUUUUAGGUACCAGUAGACAGAUACAGAACGACUCUGUGUGAUGUGAUUUGCCUGGAAAGUGAGACGAGGUAAAGAAACUGGACAAGAUGUGUACUUAAAUGACAAAGUGAGGGUUUUUAUUUUUUCCAGAUAAACUGUAGCGAUGGACAAGGUCAAGUUGGUAUGAAAGGAAUUUGGAAAGUGUUAAAAAGUUCCACGAGGGGUGAAGCGGUUUCUGUAUAAGUAAAUGAAGGUCUAUGAUUUUCAAUCAUUUUUUUAAAUUCUUUUUACUUUUUUCCUCUGUAAAAUACUUACUGAUGAUGUAUAUGUUGCAUAAGGCACUUAAUGAUUUUCUUUAUAUUUUUGUAUUCACAAGUUUAAAUCUUUUUGUUGUUGUUUUUUGGGGCAAAAGAUUAGAAAAUAAUUUAAGAC